AUGUAUAUGCGUGCCUUCGCCACUCUCGCGUGGGCUGCUCUCGCGUCCGCUCUCACGUGGGUUCCCAACACCGCGAGGCCGGCACUCCACAAGCGGUGGAUCGCGACGCCUGUUGCCGUCGAAAUUGACGACAUGAUGGGCGAGCGUGAGUGCUUCAAGGACGACGAGUGCGAGCUAGAGCGCUGGAUGUAUGGCGGCGACGGCUCUCGGCCGUCGGCUGCUGAGACGGCGCCGCCGACUGAAGAGGAGCAGGCACGGCUGGCAAGGCUCCGGGAGGACGGGCGAACCGCGGUGCGGGCGCGAGAGGAGCGGCGGACGGCGCUGAGGAGGGCCGCGCCGCCGCGGAUGCUGACGGUCAGGACUCCUCUGGAGGCAGGACUCGCACUCACGCAGCCCACACAGGCUGAGGCCGAGGCGAUGGGGGUGCGCGACUGGCCACCGACCAUCAUCACGCAGGGCGGGCGUGGCGCCUUCGACGCCGACGUCGAGGACGGCUCGCUUCGCUACGUCCUGGAAGGCUCGGGCACGGUGCAGCGCGACACCACCGGCGAGCCGCUCGCCGUGUCGCCAAACACGCUCGUCCGGGUGGUGGGCGAGGGUGGCGCCCUGCGCUGGCAGCUCGACGAAGGGAUGCGCGCCAGCCGCAGCAUCACGCAAGCUUGCGCCGUGCUCUCCACGGCAGCGGCCUCCGUCCAGCCACUGGCCCUCUCGCCGCUCGCGCCUGCUGCGCCAGCCGCCCGCGCCAUGGCGACUGCGGCGGUGCAGACGGACGCGCAUAAGAAGAAGAGAUCGUCGAAAUCGCGAGCAGCGGCGCCGCUCACGGCCGAAGAGCCCGCCAAACAGCCCGGCGCGCCAUCAUCCACGACCGAGCAGAAGAAGCGAGGCCGGCGCGCCUCAGCCUCGACAGCUGCGGCCGCCUCGCCCAAGCGCAGCAAGGCGACCGACGUGCGGCUUGAGCCGCCCGCGAACUGGCGGGCGACGUGGGAGCUCAUCGUUGAGCUCCGCGCCGACCGCACCGCGGUGGUGGACAGCAUGGGCACGGAGGCUAUUGCGGGCGAGAGCACAAAGGAGGAGCGCGACUUCGACGCCCUCGUCUCACUGAUGCUCUCGUCGCAGACCAAAGACACGGACACGCCCGACGAGAGGCUGGACGAGCUAAUCUACGCGUGCGGCUUCCACAACAACAAGGCGACUACUCCGGCCCUCGAGGCGAGCACGCGACCGGUCAAGUAUCUCAAGGCGACCUCGCGCAUCCUGCUGGAGCAGCACGGCGGCCGCGUGCCCGACACGAUGGAUGGGCUGCUCGCACUGCCAGGCGUGGGGCCGAAGAUGGCGCUCAUCCUGCUGCGGGUCGCAUUUGGCAAGGUCGAGGGCAUCUCUGUCGACACGCACGUCCACCGCAUCUGCAAUCAGCUGGGGUGGGCGGGGCCGGGCGGCACGAAGACGCCCGAGCAGACGCGGCGCGCCAUCGAGGCGUGGAUGCCCGCCGACAUCUGGGCGGAGGUGAACCUCGUCCUCGUGGGUCUGGGGCAGGAGGUGCAGACGGAGAAGUCCAAGCUGCUGCGCAAGUGCCUCGCCUGCUCCGACCCGGCAGCGGCGCUGCGGCUCGCCUCGGUGUGCGGCGUCAAGGUCGAGCCCGAGGCGAAGAAGGCGGGGCUCGUGUUGCCGCCCGGCCUCGCCCUCUGA